GCUCAUUGGCUGAUUGACAGUGAUAGACAAUAGAACCCAAUUUAGUGUAUUUUAAUUGUGCAAAGAUUUCAGACGGGUUUUAUUCAAUUCUGGAUAAAUUCAAUCAUUUGUAAAAAGCACACAGAUAUAUGGACUAAAAAAUAUCCUUCAUGUGAAAUUUGAACCACAAUUCCAAGGAUUUUUAAAAUUCUUAAGGGUAAAAUUCUUUCGUCGGAAUUUUCGGAAGCGUCGUUAGAAACAAGUUGGAAGUUCUAGAAUGUGUUCUGAAGAAUUGCAGCUUUGAUAAGUAUGUUUUACCGUGUAUUUUAGCGUUUGUGACACGGGUUAAGCUGUUCGGGUCAGCUCAGGAAGCGCCAAUCCCAUGGAUGAGAUAUUGCUUUAGGAUUUUUGACUGACAGUUUUGUAAGAGAAUGCCGCGAUGGUUCACGUCGAGUUGUUUUACCGCUGAUCUGCUUGACCAGUCGGCCAUCACUAUGGCAGUCCUCGAACUAAGUCACUGCAGUUUGACCAACGUCCCUUCAGAAAUCUUCAAAAGUAGAGAGGGGAAGAACUUAGAAGAGGUUUAUUUAGAUGCCAACCAGCUCAGAGACCUUCCAAGGGCUUUAUUUAAUUUACAGCACCUAAGAAUCCUCAGCUUAAGUGAUAAUGAACUUACGAUCAUCCCUUCUGCCAUUGCGAAUUUAACAAAUCUUCGCGAAAUAAACGUCAGUAAAAAUGGAAUAAUAGACCUACCAGAAAAUAUCAAGAACUGUAAAAAUCUAGAGGAAAUAGAGGCUAGCGUUAACCCGAUUGGCAAACUUCCUGAAAGCCUUGGUUACCUGACAAGCCUAACAAGCCUUUAUCUCAAUGAUGCUUUUAUUGACUUCUUGCCAGCAAGCUUUGGAAGACUUGAAAACUUAAAAAUUCUGGAAUUACGAGAUAAUCAUUUAAGAGUCCUUCCAAAAUCAAUGUCCCAUUUGUCUAAGCUGGAAAGACUUGACAUAGCCAGCAAUGAAUUCGUUGAAGUGCCAGUUGUUGUGGGCUGUCUGCGGAGCCUCAAAGAGCUUUGGAUGGACUCUAACUGUAUUAAAGAACUCAGACCCGAAAUAGGACUUCUAAGACAGCUGAUGUUUCUUGAUGUAUCCAAGAACAGGCUGGAGUGGCUUCCACCAGAAAUAGAGUCACUUCAAUCAUUAACUGACCUGUACCUCUCCAAUAACCUACUUAUUGAAUUGCCAGAACAAAUAGGUGGUCUUGGUAAACUGCAGACUAUUAAGCUUGAUGAGAAUCAUUUAGGUGACCUACCAAAUUCUAUUGGAAAAUUAAAAAACUUAGAAGAACUGGUACUGACAUGCAAUGAACUUGUGGAUCUUCCACCAACAAUAGGGUAUCUAAGAAAAUUAAGAGUGCUGAAUGCAGAUGAAAAUUUUUUGGAAUCAAUUCCAUCAGAAUUGGGUAGCUGUACAUCUAUGACAAUUCUCUCCUUGAGAGACAACAGACUUGUUUAUGUUCCUGAUGAUAUUGGUAGAAUGCCUAGCCUACAAGUUAUCAACUUGGCAUGCAACAGACUGAAGUACCUUCCUUACACCUUCUAUAAGCUGGCUAACCUUAAGGCAUUAUGGUUGUCUGAAAAUCAGUCAAAGGCAAUGGUUCCUCUGCAGUCUGAGUUCAACACGACACUAGGGACACAUGUUUUAACGUGUUAUAUGUUCCCACAAGAACCGUUCUCUGAGGAUGAAGAAGAGGAUGAUAAUGUAUCAAUGAAUUCUGUCGAAAUUCAUGAAGAUCAAGAGAACGAUAAUCUACUGGCAGUCAACCUAGAUACGGGUCCGCCACCACAGCGAUCAUCUAUCGUGUUCGACAUUGAUGAGAAUGAUUAUUUGGCGCGGCUAGCACGGUUUAGUUCUCCAUAUCCCAAAGACGUGCGAGAUAGAGCAGCACAAUACCUGGCCAGUAGAAGACAACAACAACAUCAACAGCAGGAUGCCAACCAGUCAUCACCAAUCAUGUCCAGACAUCAAUGUCAUCAACACGAACAAAGGGAGCAGCGCAGUAAAAUGCCAACCACCUCCUCACAUGCAGAACCACCACCAACUGACAGGAAACUACCGCAUCCUGCACAACAACCAGUCCACUCUCAGCCAAACUUUCAACAUCCCCCACGUGAAACUGAUCAAGCCCCUUACCGACCCCCACCCCCUAGGGAAGUGACAAACCACGAGAUCCCAAGGACACAUGUCUUGCCACCAGCACCACCUUUUAUACAGGAACCAGAGGAACGAGAACGAGAACAUGCCGAGAGUUUAGCGUCACAGGGACUUAGAGGGGUACAAGAACAAAGAGGGGUUGAAGACCCACGAGGUGUACGAGGGCAGCCAGCGCAGAGAAUGCCAGAGCAGGAUGCAAGAAGAGUAAUGGAUAUUAGACUAGAGGUAGAGAGAGAGGUUCCUUGGUAUGAAGAUGAGCUCCAAGAGUCCAGCGAAACUGGUUCCGUUCAUUCCAUUCAUUCGGAUCACCGAGGCUCCCAGACUCCAGCAGACCAUAGGGAACUGCCACAGGGUGACCAACGGAAUAUAGCUGUCAUUGCUCAGUCAAGGCCAACUCAGAACGGAGAAUUAUCGAGUGCAAAUCAUCGUGUUGAGCCGUCGCAUCGUAACUAUGAGGAAGGAGAUCAACGUGGAAUACCUAUGUAUGAAGGACGAAUGCAGCCAAGGCAACAACAGCCCCCGUCCAUCCCCCCACCGAUUUACCCCAACCAACCUCGAUCAACGUCAAGCUACAGCUCAAGUCUACCGUCCCAGCAUUCAUUUCGAGAAGAAGCUCCUAGUUCUACGUCAUCAAUGCGCAACCCACCCGCCACAGGAGAAUGGAUACGAAUCAACGAACGUCCACAGGGAUCCCAAGGAUCAAGUGCAAGUUAUGAUGACGUUCACUCGUUCCAUUCUGAAGAGCCUAGUGUUCUUUACAACGAUAACACUAACCAACCAGUCCUUAGACCCCCUUCGUAUCAUGAAGCUAUUGGUCAACCAUCCGGGGAACUUGUCAGUCAUAUUUACGUCGACCAAUUACGUCCCUCCGCUACUAGACCAAUCGACACUGUACCGGAAGUGGACCCACGAUUUUCACCUCCGCCAGGAUACUCCACAAUUGAUCCACGCCUGUGGAACCAGGCCUCUACAGGUUACCCACAACCCCCUGCGAGGCCCGACUAUAGUACCGUCCCCACUUCUGGUUCUCAAACUUCCGGUUUUAUAACCGCUGGUCGACAACCUGUGUCGUUGUCCAGGCCGGAAACCAAUCAACGACUUCCGCAAAAUGACGUAUAUCCUGCUAAUGUCCCGGAUGCUGCGCGUUAUGAAGAACAGGUACGGCAACUCCAGAUGCAGCGAAGAGAAGGAAAUCGCUUCGUAGAUUCUGGUUCUUUAGAUAGAGGAGGCGUAGGAUUGGGAACAAGAGAUUCCGCUGAAAACCUUAGAGUAAGAGAAGAAUCCGUACCAGUCCCCUCUCGGCAUGAAAACAAGUUUUCUAUUCGAAUACACAAGAAUCCUAAUCUUGGUUUUAGCAUCGCUGGAGGAAAAGCCUCAACGACGAACCCUUUUGAUCCUCAAGAUCCCACGUGCAUAUACGUUACUAAAGUUCAACCAGAGGGACCUGCAGCUUUUGCCUUAAAACCAGGAGAUAAAAUAUUAGAGGUGAAUAGUAUAAGUCUAAGGAACGUGUCCCACGAAUACGCCGUAACGUUCCUCAAGAAUAACCAAGUAGUAGAUCUGUUAGUGUCACGAACAGAGGACCAAAGAUAGCACCCACCUCUUGGGAUUUGGCAGAAUAUAUAAAUAUUGGUUCUCAACUGAAAUGGACAGAUCCGGCCACUGGAAUAUAUAUUGUGGACUGAAUCCCACGAUGCUGCUUCUUGGCCACAUGAGGACUAAGAUAUACUGACACACAAAUAUUUAAACAAAGAGGUUUAUAUAGAACUGAUAUAAGACAGAGCAAAGUCGUGUGAAAACUGCAAUGGGCCGUCCUUUUCUUUCAUUCCCAAUGAAGUAGAAUUAUACCCGGUAAUAUUUCUAUAUUGGAAUAUCUGAAGAGAUUCUUAUCUAGCAACCGACCCUAACUAAUUCAAAUUCUGGUUGGAACUGUGCUGCGGGGCCAAAGAUGGACUGUCAGAGGCGCCUUCACAUGCUUUCAGUUCAACCUCAUUUUGAGCUGCGCCAUUGCUGUACUUGCGGUGGUGAAUGGCGACAACAAGGUUCUUUAGAAAAUACUUCAAAAUUUGCAUUUUGCACCAAUUCAAUGCAAGAUAAGAUAGGAUUGCAUAGGUUUUGCAAGGGUAUUGGCGUCUUUGCUGUUUAUGGAAAAAGGAUUCCGAUAGAGCUUUCGUUUUAAUUUGAGUACUACUAUUUUCAGUUAACGUGUCAUUCCCUUCAAUAGUAUUUCUUUUCUUCCAAUUUAGCAAUACACAAUAUGGUUGUAACUUUUUAAAAAAAGGAUUGCACAGUAUCUGUAAUGAAUUGCCCAAGCGACACGUAAAAGGUCUCUGCUGGCAGUGACAUGACUGGCAGAAGAUUCCCUCAUUUUAUACCAUCCUGAUGUAUUGUCGUAUCUUUUAGCUGCAUUAAUUUUUUCUAUUGAAUGCGGGUCAUUUUUGAGACAUUUCUUAACACUGAAGUAGGGCCAAAGACGUAGAUGACUACUUUAGUGAAAUUCGCUACUAUUUGAGGAGGCACGUGCCCUAGCUUGCGCAAUUUAUUUUCCGUCGCAAAUCCUAUACUGUACAAUAACGAAUUAAUGUUUUAGAAACAUCCUGAAGUGGUAAUUGGAAAAUGAGAUUUGUAUUAAUUUUUGGACUUUGAAAAUGGAAUGGGUUUUUAUACUGAGAAUGGGAAUAGACCAUUCCAGAACACUUCAUUCUCUUGUGAAUGAGAUUCUUUGUUUAAGUUGUAUCCAUAUUCUUGUGUCUUCUCAUGCACCACCGUUAAACAAUGGAAUGGUACUCUAGGGAAUGACACGUGGUAUGAAAUGGUAAAACAUUACUGACUCCAAAGAUAGACAGGUCUGUUACGUAACUAGAAAUGUGAAACAAAAUUAGGAAUUUUUAUGAAUUUAAUAUAAGAUUUUCUAAUAUGGGAACUCUUACCACUUGAGGAACAUGAUGAAAUACCAUUUGUUAUUUGCUCUAAAGAAAAAUAGAUGAAAUUUGGACUCCUAAAUAGUGAAAAAGUAAUUUAAAAUAUUACUGAAUAGAAUUUCAAUAAAGAUUUCGCAUGAAUAGCAAAA